AUGGAUCGGUCUCUCCUCGUAGCGGUGGUCGCCGCCGUGGUCCUCGUGUGCUGCUCCGGCCUCUGCCGCGGUGAGCGGCUCGGGGCGAGGGAGUGCGAGGGCCUGGGGUUCACCGGCCUCGCCCUCUGCUCCGACUGCAACGCGCUCUCCGAGUUCGUUAAGGACCAAGAGCUGGUGGAGGAUUGCCGUAAAUGUUGCACCGAGGAUUCAGAUGAUUCUAUCAGCAAGCUCACAUUUUCUGGUGCAAUUAUUGAGGUGUGCAUGAGAAAACUGGUAUUUUAUCCAGAAGUUGUUGGCUUCCUCGAAGAAGAUAAGGACGACUUCCCUUAUGUGGAAGCACGUUAUUCCUAUGGUUCUCCACCAAAGCUCAUAAUGCUUGACAACAAGGGUGAACAGAAGGAGACCAUAAGGCAAGUCCUACUUAACUCUAGAAUAAACCUCCAGUUAUCUGAUUACAUUCUUAGACUUCUAUUAUUACAAAUAAUAUAA